AUGUAUAUGGUCUCUGAACUAGCCUCUGUGCUCAGGAAGAAGGAUGUGGCCAAUGUGGUGAGAACCAGGACCGUGGCAUUUCCUGACAAGGUGAAGAUUCGCACAACAGCACUCACGACGAUGGAGGUGCCCGUCAAGGUGAACUCUGUCAGCUUCUGCACUGAAACUGAAGAAUGCAGAGAAAAAAACCUCACAGAAGUGACAGAGUUCAUUUUCCUAGGAUUCUCCAGAUUCCAUGAACACCAGAGCACCCUCUUUGCAGUUUUUCUCAUCUUGUAUACAUUAAUCCUGGCUGGCAAUGCCAUCAUCUUGACCAUUAUCCACAUUGAUUGUCACCUCCACAUGCCCAUAUACUUCUUCCUGAGCAUCUUGGCCAGUUCAGAGACUGUGUACACAUUGGUCACCAUUCCACGGAUGCUCUCCGGCCUCAUAGCCCAGGACCAGCCAAUCUCCUUGGCAGGCUGUACCACUCAAGUGUUCUUCUUUGUUACCUUAGCCAUCAACAACUGCUUUCUGCUCACAGUGAUGGGAUAUGACCACCAUGUGGCCAUCUGCAGCCCCCUGAGAUACACACUCAUCAUGAGCAAGAGGGUGUGUGUCCAGCUGAUGUGUGGAGCCUUUAGCACUGGCCUGGCCAUGGCAGCUGUCCAGGUGACAUCCAUAUUUACCUUACCAUUUUGUCACAGAGUGGUUGGUCAUUUCUUCUGUGACAUCCUCCCUGUCAUAAAACUCUCCCGGAUUGAUACCACUGUCAAUGAGAUCAUCAAUUUUGUUGUCAGUUUAUCAGUGAUCCUGGUUCCCAUGGGCCUGGUCUUCAUCUCCUACGUUCUUUUCAUCUCCACCAUCCUCAAUACCGCCUCAGCCGAGGGCCAGAAGAAGGCCUUUGCCAUAUGUGCCUCCCACCUCACCAUGGUCAUGGUCCACUACAGCUGUGCCUCCACUGACUACCUCAAGCCUAAGUCAGAAAAUUCUGUAGAACAAGACCUCCUUCUCUCAGUGACCUACACCAUCAUCACUCCCCUUCUGAACUGUGUUGUUUACAGUCUGAGGAACAAGAAGGUCAAGGAUUCCCUACGCAGAGCUGUGGGCAGAAACAUUUCUUAA